AUGCCAAUCACCCGAAUGCCUGUCCGUGGGGGAAACCAUACCCAGGCUCUCCGUCAACAGAUUUACUCUGACAGAAACGCAGCCACCUUGGCGCGGCUACAGCGACAACAGCAGUUGGAUCACCAGCGUGAACAAGCAGCUCAGCCGCCCUCCAUCAGAAACCUCUUGGAUCAAACAAACCCAGCCUUUGAUUAUCCGAUUGAUGCGCAGCAGGAAUCAAACAAUUCAAAUCAAGCUGAAGACGAAUCCAAUUGGGGUACUUUUGGUGAAAAUGAAAAUGAACCUGACAAAAUUGAUUUGGUGAUUUCUUCUUACAAAGAAAAAUACCGGCAAGAAGCACGCGAAUAUAACUGGGCAGUACUACUUCGUCAGCUCCAAAGCAAGUAUAUGAAGCUGAAGGUUACAACAAAGAACUGGGCCGGCCCCAACUCUUACGAUAAUUUUGCUAUCUGCUCUCCCAGCUGCUCUAAACGGUAUAAUCGACCAGUUGAUCUGGUGGACAUACGAGGUAAGAAAUUUGGUUGA